UGUGGAGGGCGGGGCCUGGCUGUGGAGGCGGGCGCGCGACCGCACCACACCUUCAUUUCCCUCAUUUCCUCGCGCGCGCCGGAAGUGGCGGUGCUCCGCGGCGGCGCGCCGGGCCGGCCAGCGCAGGGCGCUGGCCAGGUGUGCAGUUCCCCAGAGGCGGCAGCGCUGAGCCGCGGGCUCGAAAAGUCACCAUCCAGAUAAUGGAUUUUAUAGAUCAGAUUGCUUAAUGUGGAUACCAUGGUAACAAUCCAGCAAGUAUACUUAAUUUCUCACUUCUGCAAGUAGUCUUGACUACUGAAGAAAGAAUCUUUUAAAACUACAGCAGAGUUCAUUUGGGUACCUCUUAUGGAAAUCCUAAUUUUGUUUUUAACUUUUGGUGAUUGUUUGCUAAAGUCAUGAACAAGCAGAGAGCUUGUCUUGUCAGGCAGACACACACUAGUGAGGAUGUCUAGAAGAGGACCGAUUCUUCACAGCCGGACUCAGUGGCUGCUCUUGGGCCUUGCUUUGCUCUUCAGUUUAGCAUUAUUCCUGUACCUCCUGGAAUGUGCCCCCCAGACUGAUGGAAACGCUUCUCUUCCUGGUGUUGUUAGAGAAAAUUAUGGUAAAGAAUAUUACCAGGCCCUCCUGCAGGAGCAAGAAGAACAUUACCAAACCAGGGCAACCAGUCUGAAACGCCAGAUUGCCCAGCUAAAGCAAGAAUUACAAGAUAUGAGUGAGAAGAUGAGAGCCUUGCAAGAGAGAAGGAAGCUAGGGGCUAACGGCAUAGGCUAUCAGGGCAACAGAGAGCAGACGCCCAGUGACCUCUUAGAGUUUCUUCACUCCCAGAUCGACAGAGCUGAAGUUAGCAUAGGAGCCAAACUGCCCAGUGAGUAUGGAGUUGUUCCCUUUGAAAGUUUUACUUUAAUGAAAGUAUUUCAGUUGGAAAUGGGUCUCACUCGCCAUCCUGAAGAAAAGCCAGUUAGAAAAGACAAGCGAGAUGAAUUGGUAGAAGUUAUUGAAGCUGGCUUGGAGGUCAUUAAUAAUCCUGAUGAAGAUGAUGAACAGGAAGAUGAGGAGGGCCCCCUUGGAGAGAAACUGAUAUUUAAUGAAAAUGACUUCAUAGAAGGCUAUUAUCGCACCGAGAGAGAUAAAGGCACGCAGUAUGAACUGUUUUUUAAGAAAGCAGACCUUAUGGAGUACAGGCAUGUGACCCUCUUCCGCCCUUUUGGACCCCUCAUGAAAGUGAAGAAUGAGCUGAUUGACAUUACAAGAUCAGUUAUUAAUAUCAUUGUGCCACUUGCUGAGAGGACAGAAGCAUUUUCACAGUUUAUGCAGAACUUCAGAGAUGUUUGUAUUCAUCAAGACAAGAGGAUUCAUCUCACUGUUGUGUAUUUUGGGAAAGAAGGACUAUCUAAAGUCAAAUCUAUUCUAGAAUCUGUCUCAAGUGAGUCUAAUUUUCAUAAUUACACCUUGGUCUCAUUGAACGAAGAAUUUAAUCGUGGACGAGGACUAAAUGUGGGUGCCCAAGCUUGGGACAAGGGAGAGGUCUUGAUGUUUUUCUGUGAUGUUGAUAUAUAUUUCUCAGCUGAGUUCCUUAACAGCUGCCGGUUAAAUGCUGAGCCAGGUAAAAAAGUGUUUUACCCUGUGGUGUUCAGUCUUUACAACCCUGCCAUUGUCUAUGCCAACCAGGAUGUGCCACCCCCUGUGGAGCAGCAGCUGGUUCAUAAAAAGGACUCUGGUUUUUGGAGAGAUUUUGGCUUUGGGAUGACUUGUCAAUAUCAAUCAGAUUUCCUGGCUGUCGGUGGAUUCGACCUGGAAGUAAAAGGCUGGGGCGGAGAAGAUGUUCAUCUUUACCGAAAAUACCUACAUGGUGAUCUUAGUGUGAUUCGGACUCCAGUUCCUGGGCUUUUCCACCUCUGGCAUGAGAAACAUUGUGCGGACGAGCUCACCCCUGAGCAGUACCGGAUGUGCAUCCAAUCCAAAGCCAUGAAUGAGGCCUCUCACUCCCACCUGGGAAUGAUGGUCUUCAGGGAGGAAAUAGAGAUGCAUCUUCGCAAACAGGCAUACAGAACAAACAGCGAGGCUGUGGGGUGACAGUCAGCGUGUGAGAGUGAACCACAAACCAGCACUGUUAUUCAGCCUUAAUUCCAACUCUGGAUUCUGUGCCUCUUCCAGAGAAAAACUUUUCUUAUUCAUGUUCUUUCUAAAAAUGUUUUGUAGGUCAACUUGUAAGAAGAAAACGCAGGUGUCUUGCUGUCAAGCCUGCUUUGUGAGAGUGCUGUAGUAUGAAACAGUUGACAAAAUGAGCUUUGAUAUUUGUUCCUGGAAUUGUUUGAAUUAGAUUCUGCCUGGUACCUGUGCUCUGGUUGGUCCUGGGUGUGUGUGAGGCUGAUGUUGGGUUGGUCAGCACACUCCUACAGGUUACAUUGGUUGGUCAUGAUGUUCUGGAGGAUAUCACCUGCCAACCACUAAGUCAAUCAUUCGACUUCAGUCUUUAAAUGAAAACUUUCAUUGAUCACAUGUAGAAUUUUUUUCACCGAGAAUAAAUAAUACAUCUGAAAUCUACAGUCCAUCACGAAGGCAUAAAUCAACCCCCCUUAGUUCAUGUUGCUUUACCUCUGAAUAUGUUUUUAAGAAAUGGAUAUAGUAGAUGUAGUUUAGAAUUUGUGGUUUGAUUAUAAAUAAAAUAUAUUGUUAUGUUACCAAUGUUCAAAAUGCAUAGUCAAAUUGUAGUAGAUUGUUUUGAACAUUUUAUUAUAUUGGAAUGCAGGAGAAUAGCUGUGUUUGGGAACAUCUUUUUAUAUAAGCCAGAUGCAUCAGAACCUUCCUAAAGAGGCAUAGAAGAUAUGAACAUUAUAGCAUGGUUUGGUAUGGCUUUUGUUUUGCACUGUCUUAUUUAGCAUGGGUACAUAUAUAUUUAUUUUCUAGUAUGUUAAUUUUUUCCACAAUUGUGUUUGUGUUUGUAUUAUACUUUCAGUUGAAAGAGUUUUAUUGAAAAAAAAACAAUUUAAUGUAUUAUAUAAUAAGAUCACCCUUGAUUUGAGAAAAGGGAAGGAAAAGUAAUCUGAUACAAAUAUGAAUUAUGGAGUACUUUAAAAAACAUGUACAGAUUGAAUGCUAUUUUAAUUGAAAUGUAAAUUAUAUUAAUGAGACAAGAUGAAUAAGAAAUUAUAUUCCAGUAGAACUGCACUAUACUAUUUAUCAUACAUGGAUAUUUUAUCGUUGGGCCAUUUACUAGAUCCAGAAAUUGGAGAUAAAGUAAAGGCAUGCAUAAUUUUUUAACCCUUGACUUUUAAAGGGACCUGCUAUUUGUAUAUAACCCAUGAGAACUCAGAAAAAGUCAUUAUUUUUGUUCAGUAAAUCAUACCAUCUCAGAUGUUACAGACGCCAAAUCUCUAGGUGCUAAAGUGAGUCCAAUUCCAUGUAACUCACUGCCGAGGGCGCUAGCUGGGGUAGUGCUGAGGGUGCUUUCUGCAGAAGAAGCAGAGCCAGUGUCUCCUUUGUACACACUUAUUUAUUGUCAAGACCAGUGACCGUGGUAUUUAAAAUUGGGUACCUAAUGAUUUACAAAGGUGGUUUCAGCUUGGUUUUGAGAUAAUCAAAUGAUUUUUACUUCAACUCCUAUUUUUUUAAAACUAGCUUUCAUUUGAAGAUGGAAGCCGAGCAAUGAAAGCAGUACUAUAUUUUUUACAUUAAGCGGUACCAAUAAAGUAUUUUGUUACCAAAAGCUAAA